GGUCGCACCAGAGUUAUGCAAGCAGCAAUUUACUGAAAGAAAUUUCGUGGAAGUGAUUAUCGAAGUGACUCCUAGCUCCAGCAGUCAUGAUCUGCAAACUUUGCGGUGAAGACAAGCUUUCUAAAGAGUUCCCACAUGAACACCUGACAGAAGCUUGUUUGGAACACGCUUUACUUCAUUGCCUGAGAUGUGUAACAUCGUCAGUUGAAAACAGACAAAAGUGUUCACAAUGUGAUGUUGAAGUUCAAGAGGAAAAUGUCCAAUACAAAAACCAUAUCGAGACUUUAGAGUUCCUUUUUCCUACAGUGCAGGGAGGUGAAGCCGUUGGUGAAGCCGUUGAUGAAGCGUCAUCUCACAUUGUCAUUACUACGCUAUCUGGAGAGCGUGCUACUUUCGUUUUCAAUCCUGAUCAAACAAUUAUGAGUCUAAAAGAUAAAAUCGAGGGCAAACUAAACGUACCAUUUAACAAGCAGUAUCUUUUAUAUAAUGACGUCGAACUUAAAGUAAAAAGCCAAAAUGACCAACAGCGCAAGUUAAAAGACUACCAUGUAAUGCCGAAUAGCACAAUAUACCUGCUGGUUUUAUUGUAUGCUUUACCAGAGGAAUUUGAGGAUGUCAUUUUUGAUCUCGAAUGGGGAUAUCCAAAACAUGGAAAAGAUUAUCUAGAUGCUUCUGUAUUGCUUUAUAGUGGCUCAGAUUUUGUAGAAUUUGUUGACUAUAAUAAUAGAUCAUCAAGUACAUCCUCGGCAGUCAAGCAUUCUGGUGAUGUCAUGGAUAACAUAAAGCGAUGUGGCCAUCAUACCAUCAAUGUAUCAAUGAAAUCAAUCCCAGCACACGUAAACAAAUUGGUGUUUAUACUAAGUGCUUGGAAUGCUCACAAUAUCUCCGAAUACCCCAAUCCAAACCUUAAGUUCUUCGAUGCGAAAUUCCCUGACAGGCAAUUGUGCAGCGAUGAAAUGAGUCAAGCUGCUGAUUCUCGAGCCAUCAUUAUGUGUUGUUUGACUAACAGAGGAAAUGGAUGGCAAGUUUUCAGUGUAAAACAUCCCUCCGAUGGAAAUACAAUGAAUUAUGCCCCACUACAAAAACAAGUUGUAAAACUUAUUGAAAAAGGUUACAUAUGAUUAUGAGUUUUAUGACUGAUUUGAGAUUUUAAUUACUGAUUACUCAACACAUCUGCCUAAUGCAUCAGCCAUUGCCGAUUUCUCGUUUAGAAUUGCAUAGCAUAAUAUAUAAAUCUUAUAAUCUUAGAUUUAACCGUAUAUACAUCUAUAAAUCGAACAAAGAUUCUGACUUAAUAAGGAAUGUCAUAAUACGAAACAACCUUGAAAGGUGACAGUAUUCGUGGAAAAGGUGAAAACCAAAAUUAAUUAUCAAGUGCAAAUUUAUUAAAUUUAGUAUUCCUCCUUUGGCUUUGGAGUUUAGUCUGUUAUUGGUAAAGUAGUACUGCAUAGUCUGCAUUAAUUGGCUUUAGUUUUUGCUACCCAUAUACAUUGUAAGUCAACCAAUCGUAAAACAUCGAUCUCACAUGACCAUGAGAAAUGAAUUGGAUCACAGUUUGAUCUGAAUUGGAUUCGACAAAUCACAGUUAGACAAAUGUAUUGGAUCGUGUAAACAGAGUUCU